AGUACUUUUUUAGUGUUGUUGACGAGACAUUGGUGUAAGGAACACAUUUCUCCGCUCAUCUUUGAAGAGACACAAUGUCUAUUAAAUUGAAUGCGCUAUUCAGCGACUCCUACGUUGAUGUAAGCCAAUACAGAGACCAACAUUUUAAGGGAAAUCGAUAUGAGCAAGAGAAACUGCUGAAACAGGCUAACACGCUCUACGUGGGCAACCUGUCCUUUUACACCACAGAGGAACAAGUGUAUGAGCUCUUCUCCAAGAGUGGGGAUGUGAAAAGAAUAAUCAUCGGCCUGGAUAAGGUGAAGAAGACGGCGUGCGGAUUCUGCUUCGUCGAAUACUACACGCGUACAGAUGCUGAAAAUGCUAUGAGGUUUGUCAACGGGACACGUCUGGAUGAUCGCAUCAUCAGAACGGACUGGGACGCUGGUUUUAAAGAGGGCAGGCAGUAUGGCCGUGGCAAGUCCGGUGGUCAGGUCAGAGACGAAUACAGACAAGAUUAUGACCCAGCCCGGGGGGGCUAUGGGAAAGUCGUCUCACGGCCAUAAAAACUCUAACUAAUGUCAUGAGCCUGAGUCAACAUGUUAUCUGCUGAUUCUUUGGGCUAUGGGGAAACUAAUGUCAUGAGCCUGAGUCAACAUGUUAUCUGCUGAUUCUUUGCCUUUUUCCAGGUCAGAGAUGAAUAUAGACAAGAUUAUGACCCUGCUCGGGGUGGAUAUGGGAAAUUAGCUCAGCUGCAGAGACCUCCCGAGGGACGGAACAGUUUUUAGUUUGGUGAAUUUGAUCUGGGUUGAAUUUGGGUUCCAAGCAGACUGCCAGAGUUUCCUAUUAUGACUCGUUUAUUUAGAAGUCUUCUGUGAAGCAUUUUUCAGUUAGCCAUAGUUCUAACAGUCAGUGUGACACACGUUUACAAAUGUAAUUGUCUCCCAAACUGUAUACUUUCAAAAAUAAAUCUUUUUA